UUACACAUUCUUCUUCUUCUACAUUAUUUUUGUUUUGUUUUCUCACCUUCUUGUCUCUUCUUCCAUGGCCACCGGUGAAAAUCCAAUAAGAAAUAUAUUUAAUUUAAUAUAAAUCUUAUAAUAGCAUAUAGGUGGGUUGAUGUAAUGAAGUUAUCGCCUCUGAGUUUCUCAACACAAUCAAGUUUCAGCCACGGCGGAGAUGGUUACGCCGACGACGACGGUGUGGAGUUAAGACCGUCACCAUCCACCGGCGGCGCAAUGCUGCCGGUUUUUCUCAACGGUUUGCGUCGUGAUGGAGACUCCGGAAGCGGAAGCAGCUGGGAAAGAGAGCUCGUGGAGGUGACUCUUGAGCUAAACGGCGACGACUCCAUCGUCGUCUGUGAAAUGUCGGAGGCCACGUCAGCUGAUUCAAGAUCCGGAAGGUUAACGAGGAGUCUUUCAACGACGCCGUCGAGGGGCAAGAAGAAGUUCGGGAGGUUAAUAAGGUCGGACUCAGCGAGGACGAUGACUUCUUUAGGGGAGAGAGAUUUAGAACGUCAGACGGCGACGGUGACGGAGACGACGGGGAGGUUGUUGACGAGGAGUUUAUCCACGGCGUCUUCGAAGAUUCGGAAGACGAUUGGGAGGUUACUUAGGUCGGAUUCUACGGCUUCUAGAGAUGUGGCGACGUUGGGGACAGAGACGCCGAUUAUGUCCGCGAGGGAUAAGCGGAGGGAAAACGCGAAGUUGCAGCGUUCAACGUCUAGCGCGCAGAGAGCGCUUAAGGGGUUACAGUUUAUCAACAAAACCACGAUAGGAAACAGCUGCGGUUGCGAUCGCGACUGUGAUUGCGAUCCGAUGUGGAAGAGAGUUGAGAAGCGGUUCGAAUCGCUUUGUAAAGAUGGGUUGCUUGCGCGAGAAGAUUUCGGAGAGUGUGUUGGGAUGAAGGAUUCGAAGGAGUUCGCGGUGAGUGUGUUCGACGCUUUAGCUAGGAGAAGAAGACAGAAGCUGGAGAAGAUAACGAGAGAUGAGCUUCAUGAGUUCUGGUUACAGAUUUCUGAUCAAAGCUUCGACGCGCGUCUUCAAAUCUUCUUCGAUAUGGUUGACUGCAAUGAAGACGGGAAAAUCACUAGUGAAGAAAUCAAAGAACUUCUAAUGCUAAGUGCAUCAGCAAACAAGUUAGCAAAACUCAAGGAACAAGCAGAAGAGUACGCAUCUCUGAUCAUGGAAGAACUUGAUCCAGAGAAUCUUGGAUACAUUGAGUUAUGGCAACUCGAGACACUCUUACUUCAAAGAGACGCAUACAUGAACUACAGUAGACCACUUAGCACGACAAGUGGAAUGACUACACCAAGACGGAAUAUCGUUAAACCUCGGCAUGUGGUUAAAAAAUGUGGACAAACACUUCAGUGUUUGGUUCUAGAUAACUGGCAACGAAUAUGGGUUCUGUUAUUAUGGAUCAUUGUUAUGGCCAUUCUCUUCGUGUGGAAGUUUCUUCAGUACAGAGACAAAGAUGCUUUUAAGGUCAUGGGCUAUUGUUUAACCACUGCUAAAGGAGCUGCAGAGACUCUCAAGCUCAACAUGGCUCUGGUCCUGUUACCUAUUAUUGCUUGUGCUAUAGUUAUUGGGAUACUUGUUCAUGCUGGUACUCAUUUGGCGUGUGAUUUUCCACGGAUUAUAAACUCAAGUCCAGAAAAUUUUGCCUUGAUCGCUUCUUACUUCCAUGGUGUUAGGCCAACAUUCAAAGACCUGAUGACAGGUGCAGAAGGAAUCACUGGGAUCUCUAUGGUGAUCUUGACAACCAUCGCCUUCACAUUAGCAUCAACUCAUUUCAGGAGAAACCGUGUGAGUCUACCAGCACCACUUGAUCGGUUAACUGGCUUUAACGCCUUCUGGUACACUCAUCACCUUCUAGUGGUUGUCUACAUUAUGCUCAUUGUUCAUGGGACUUUCCUCUUCUUCGCUGAUAAGUGGUAUCAGAAAACUACUUGGAUGUACAUCUCUGUUCCUAUGGUGGUGUAUGUGGCAGAACGAAGUCUGCGAGCUUGUAGGUCCCAGCAUUACUCUGUUUCUAUGCUACCUGGUGAAGUACUCAGCUUAAUCAUGUCAAAGCCUCCUGGAUUUAAGUACAAGAGUGGUCAAUACAUAUUCUUGCAGUGUCCAACAAUCUCUAGAUUUGAAUGGCAUCCCUUUUCUAUUACCUCUGCACCAGGAGAUGACCAACUUAGUGUUCAUAUCCGAACACUCGGAGACUGGACAGAGGAGCUACAAAGAGUUUUAACUGUGGGCAAAGAUCUUUCAACAUGCGUUAUUGGCACAUCGAAAUUCUCUGCCUAUGGCAAUACUGAUUCAUCACAACGACCUAAACUAUUAGUAGAUGGUCCAUAUGGAGCACCAGCACAGGACUACAGAAACUAUGAUGUCUUGCUCCUCAUUGGAUUGGGGAUAGGAGCUACUCCUUUCAUAAGCAUCCUCAAGGAUCUUCUGAACAAUUCAAGAGAUGAACUAACAGUAAGCCACAGAUUCAGUGUCUUUUCAAGACCCUUUUGCUCCAAAUACAUAAUAUCUCUAAACUUUGUUAUGGCGCAGGAAAAUGAGUUCAGCAGAUCAGAUUACAGCUGGAAUAGCCAUUCAUCUUCAUAUACCACAAUAACCCCAACUUCAACACAAGGAGGGAAAAAGAAAGCAGUGAAGGCUCACUUCUACUGGGUCACAAGGGAGCCAGGAUCCGUCGAAUGGUUUAGAGGAGUAAUGGAGGAAAUAUCAGACAUGGACUGCAGAGAGCAGAUUGAGUUGCACAACUACCUUACAAGUGUAUAUGAUGAAGGAGAUGCAAGAUCAACCCUGAUAAAGAUGGUCCAGGCUUUGAACCAUGCCAAACAUGGAGUUGAUAUUCUAUCCGGAACACGGGUGAGAACACAUUUUGCAAGACCAAACUGGAAGGAAGUCUUCAGUAGCAUAGCAAGAAAACAUCCAAAUUCAACAGUCGGAGUGUUUUACUGCGGCAUACCAACCGUGGCAAAGGAGUUGAAGAAGCAAUCACAAGAAAUGAGUCAAAAAACAAGCACACGGUUCGAGUUCCAUAAAGAGCAUUUCUGA